AGCAGAAACUCCAUCUUGGAUUGUUUCGCUUCAACAGUGAUUGAACGAGGCAGUUAACGUUCGAGAAUUUUACAAUUUUAACACCGUAUUUUCCUGAUCUCUACCUCUACGACCAUCGAAAUGUCUCUUUGCCGACAGGGAUACCAAGAGGAAUGCGAGGCUGGCAUUAACAAGCAAAUCAACCUCGAGUUGUAUGCAAGCUACGUGUACAUGUCCAUGGCCUACCACUUCGACCGUGAUGAUGUAGCUUUGCCCGGAUUCCACAAGUUCAUGCUGAAACAGUCGGAUGAAGAACGCGAGCACGCCCAGAAGUUGAUGGCUUAUCAGAAUAUGCGGGGUGGACGUAUUGUGUUGAAAGACAUCAAGAAACCAGAGCAAGAUGAAUGGGGAACUGGUUUGGAGGCAAUGAAAACAGCCCUGGAUUUGGAGAAACAUGUCAACCAAUCUUUGCUGGAUUUGCACAAAGUGGCUGAUAAGAAUGGCGACCCUCAGUUGACAGACAUCAUUGAAGAUCUCCUGAAAGAGCAGGUUGAUUCCAUCAAGGAGUUUUCUGAUCAUGUGACAAACUUGAAACGUGUUGGAUCUGGACUCGGAGAAUUUCAAUAUGACAAAAUGACAUUAGACUGCGAAUAAGUUCCUGUUUGCUUUUAGUUCCUAUCACAUUAAGUCAUGCAGAGUUAGCUUCACAUUUUUAGGUUUCAUGUACUAGCAUUGUCAUUUAGGGUUCGGUCUCAAUUAACUGCCUAGCAGAAACAAUCCAAGAGUGAAUUUUGUGCAACAGGAAUGAGUAAAUGUCUUUAUCUUUUAAUUGGUGGAUCAAGUAUUGAGUAAAUGUAUUAUCUUUUAAUUGGUUGAUCAAGUAUUUAAUAAUGGCGGACAAUAUAUGUAAACCAACCUUCAAUAAUAUAUUGGAAGUUAAUUAUUCUCGAAUAUGAGUCAGAAAUGUCUUUUUUGGUAACUUUCAUAUUUAUUUGUAAUGAUCAGGAUCUAUUGGAAAAAUAAACUGGAUGUGUCAAAGAAUUCUGA